GAGCGCCUGCAGUGACACAUGGGUAAAAUCAAUGUAUAUAUAAACAGUCCGAAAUUCACGUAUUUAAUAUAUAAUUACAUGUGUAGAGGGAUAGAGGGAAGAAUAGAUGGACAGCCGGGUUCCGGAGUUUGAUUCGCUGUGAUGCAUGCAGCUCGGCCUGUAGGAAUGUAGACGCCUUACCGUCGCUUUUGCACGACACCACCACCUGGUGUCUCCUAUUGUGUUCCCUGCCUCCUUAUUUUAUGCUAAGCUUAUAACCUAGUUAUAAGCAUGUUAUAAUAAAAAAUAAAGUGCACAUUUGGUUUAACAGCAUCUAGGUUGUUCCCUAGGUAUCUGUUCCCUAAUUAUUUAAAUGAUGUUUAGAUCGCCCUUCACUUAGGCCCUACGCUCUCCGUCUUCCCUAUGCUCACUCUUCUGGGCGUGUCUUCUUUCGUGUUUGUGCAUUGGCGUCGGUGCAGGAGCAGCUCACACAACGAUGCUGCGUUUCACUACAGACGGUCAGCUCUUCCCGUCGUCGCGAAGACGGAAGCCGAGUUGGAUCAGUACGCCAAGGAGGUGCUGGACUUCAGCUCGCAUUACGGUGGCGAAGGGAGCAUGUCGUACACCAUGUGGAACGCAGCCGGAGCCCCCAGCGUGUUCCCGAGCUCAGGGGACUUCACGCACACCGCCGUGUUCUGGACGUACGGACACUGGUGGGAGGACGAGCGCAGGGAGCAAAUUUUCAGCCGGACGCCGCACUCCUUCCACAGUCGGGAUUUCCUCGAGGUGGCGUUCGAGGAGCAGGUUUUCCCCACCUCCGUCACCGUUCUGGAGACCUACCAUCCAGGUGCUAUCAUCCAAAUUCUCGCCUGCUCAUUUAAUCCCUAUGCUGAAGACGCCACUUCUGAUGUCAGGUGGGAGGUGCUGUGGGCAGGGGAGCCCACCAAACUGGCCAGUUCUCAGGCACGUCAAUUUUGCCCCUCCAUCCGUCCGAUUAGCUUUGCUACGAAUUUACUGCGUUUGGAGGUAAACAGCUCUCUACUGGAUUAUUACACCGAGCUGGAUGCCAUCAUGCUGCGUGGCUUGCGCAAGCACGUCAGCAGCAUCGCCGUACCCGUCGUCGCCAACAACACACCCAAGAAAGACAGUGAGCUGCUGGGCAACGGCGUGAACACGGGCAACACCAAUGGCUACUUCAGCAAGCUACCAUACGAGCUGAUCCAGUUGAUUGUGAGUCACUUGGCCGUGCCGGAUCUGUGUCGCUUGGCUCAGAGCUGUAAGCUCCUACAGCGCCACUGUUACGACCCGCUGCAGUACGUUCAGCUCAGCCUGCAGCCGUAUUGGUUCCGCUUGAACGAUCUGUCUCUGGCACACUUACAAUCCCGCUGCGCGCUCUUGCAGCGCCUCAACGUGUCCUGGACCGGAAACAGAGGAGCCGUCACGGCCGGCGGAUUCUGCAGUUUCAUCAAGGCAUGCGGAGCAAACUUGUUGUGUUUGGAACUGUCCUGUUGUCACUUCCUGAACGAAGCGUGUUUGGAAGUGAUCUCGCAGACGUGCGGCGGCCUUCAGGAGCUCGACCUCGCCUCGUGCGACCGCCUCGAACCUCAGGCGUUCAACCACGUCGCUAAGCUCGCACGCCUGCGCCGACUCGUCCUGUACCGCACCAAGAUUGAGCAAACAGCUAUAUUGAGCAUCCUGACUUUCUGCACUGAACUGCGACACCUGAACUUAGGCAGCUGCGUGAUGAUUGAGGACUAUGACGUGGUGGUGAGCGUGUUAAGUGCUCGCUGUCGAUCCCUCGUCUCUCUGGAUUUGUGGCGCUGCAGGAGUCUGACCGAGCGCGGCCUCUCCGAGUUAGUGUCGGGCUGCUGCGGUUUAGAAGAACUCGACCUAGGAUGGAGCUCCGCCCUCCACAGUGGCUCCGCCCUCCACGGCGGAUCUGCUUCUUUCAGGCACGCGGCACGCAGACUGAGCCGCCUGCGCAGACUUUACCUCACCGCUAACCGUAACAUCUGUGACGCAGACCUGGAGCACAUCGCAACACACUGUCCUGCACUGGAGCACCUGGAUAUAUUGGGUACACGGUUGGUGAGUCCGGCUGCUUUACGCAGGCUGCUCCAGUCAUGUCCCCGCCUGCGUCUGCUCGACGUUUCCUUCUGCUCGCAGAUUGACGCACGGACCGUACAGGAGCUCAGCGCGCUUUUUCCAAACGUCGCCAUCAAAAAGAGUUUCACCCAGUGACCUCUGACCUUUAACUAAGCAGACACUAGGACCCUACGGUCUGGCGCUCAGAAAGACAGACACCACGAUACUUGAACUCAGUGACGUACUGCAUUAAAGGAAACACACACACACACACACACAAACCGCACUCGAUCCAAUACAUUGCUUUUAUUAGCAGUCACUAAUGGCCUUUGACCUGAUUUUACACUUUUUUUUUUCUCCCCUAGAUUUCUUGAAGUUCCUGUUUGUAAUCUCAGGGUUUAUUUCUCCAGUUAAUCCCAGUAGCUUUGUUCCGAACGAAUACUUUAUUACCUACUACUUUAUUCUCAGUUCUUUUUUUUUUUUUUUUUUAAAAACACCGUGUUCCGAUUGGCCCAGAGACGUACAGUAACUACGACAACCGUCACACAUCUUUAUUUCUACUACAGAGUGCACGCGCUUCGACGGGUUUUAACCGACUGCCCACAGUAUAUCUUAAAGAGUGUCACAUUCUCUGGAAGUCAUUUCGUCUCUCCUGUUUCUUUUUAACGAAGAGAGGAAAUAGAUUUGGAUUGAUUUGAAAGCAGAAAAUGAAUAAAUGGAUAAUAAGAAUUGUGUGAACCUG